CAGCUCCGCGGUCCCGCCCCCCGCCCGCAGAGCCCGGGCGGGAUGGCGGCGGCGCGGGGCCGGGUGCUCUGUCUCUUCGACGUGGACGGGACCCUGACGCCGGCCCGGCAGAAAAUCGAGCCGGAGGUGGACGCGUUCCUGCGGGAGCUGCGGCAGAGGGUGCACAUCGGCGUGGUGGGAGGCUCCGACUAUGCCAAGAUAGCCGAGCAGCUGGGGGAAGGGGACGAAGUCAUUGAUAAGUUUGACUACGUCUUCGCAGAGAACGGCACAGUGCAAUACAAGAAUGGGCAGCUGGUCUCCAAGCAGGCCAUUCAGGACCACUUGGGGGAGGAGCUACUGCAGGAUCUGAUCAACUUCUGUCUCAACUACAUGGCGCUGCUGAAGCUGCCCAAGAAACGAGGGACCUUCAUUGAGUUUCGCAAUGGGAUGUUGAACAUCUCCCCCAUUGGUCGGAGCUGCACCCCAGAGGAGCGAAUCGAGUUCUCCGAGCUGGACAAGAAAGAGCGGAUACGGGAGAAGUUCGUGGCAGCCUUGCAGAGGGAAUUUGCUGGCAAAGGCUUGCGUUUCUCUCGAGGUGGCAUGAUCAGCUUUGAUGUCUUCCCAGAGGGCUGGGACAAACGCUACUGCCUCAAUGUGCUCGACGACGAGAGAUUUGACACCAUCCACUUCUUUGGGAAUGAGACGACCCCUGGAGGGAACGAUUAUGAAAUCUAUGAUGAUCCCCGCACUGUAGGACACAGUGUCCAGUCCCCCCAGGACACGGUCCAGCGAUGCCGCGAAAUCUUCUUUCCAGAAAGAGCAAAUGAGUGCUGACUACCCAGUCCCUGCAUCCCUGCCCCAGUCCCACCCUCUCCCCCCACCAGGAAAAGCACCUUCAUUAGAGGAAUCUGCUCAGGGUAGAC